CUCUCUUCAUGUAAUCUCAAUCAUACUUGCUGUGAGACUGUGGCUUUGGCCCUGCAAAUACAAAACUCACCCCUGAUAGAGCUGGACAUGAGUCACAAUGACCUGCAGGACUCAGGAGUGAAACUGCUCUCUGAGGGCCUGAAGAGCCCAAAUUGUCAACUGAAGACAUUAAGAUUAUCAUGCUGUACACUCACUGGUCAGAGCUGUGAAUUUGUGGCAUCAGUUCUACAAUUAUCAAACUCCCAUCUGAUAGAGCUGGACUUAAGUGAGAAUGACCUGCAGGACUCAGGUGAAGCUAAUUUCUGAUGGGCUAAAGAGCCCAAGCUGUCAGCUAAAAAUACUAAGAUUGACAGGCUGUAAACUCACUGGUCAGUGCUGUGAGUUUGUGUCUUCAGUUCUACAAUCAUCAAACUCCCGUCUGACAGAGCUGGACAUGAGUGACAAUGACCUGCAGGAUUCGGGAGUGAAGCUGCUCUCUGAUGGACUGAAGAGCCCAAACUGUCCUUUGGAAAAACUGAGUUUAGAAACGUGUAAACUCACUGGUCAGUGCUGUGAGUUUGUGUCUUCAGCUCUACAAUCAUCAAACUCCCGUCUGACAGAGCUGGACAUGAGUCGCAAUGAACUGCAGGACUCAGGAGUGAAGCUAAUCUCUGAUGGACUAAAGAGCCCAAGCUGUCAGCUAAAAAUACUAAGAUUGGCAGACUGUGCACUCACUGGUCAGUGCUGUGAAUUUGUGGCAUCAGCUCUACAAUCUUCAAACUCGCCCCUGAUAGAGCUUUUAAUAUUAAGUGCACUUGUUGUAAACCCCACAUGAUACAAAACCAACAAAUAAAUAGAAAUGGAAAACCUAAUUUUAAACGGCAGCAACACUUCAUGACACAAAUUCCAAAGAUUGGAUUUUUUUUAAUUCCAUAAAAUCAGGAAAACGUUAUUUGUUCAUUCUUUUUAACCUUUAUUUAAUUGACAAAGAAAAAACAUUUCCACAGCCAACUGAAUUUUAUUUUAUAAAUAUAACAACAAUAUAUAUAUAUAUAUAUAUAUAUAUAUAUAUAUAUAUAUAUAUCGAUGGCUGCAACACACUCCAGAAAAGCUGACACAGAAGCAUGCUUUACACUGUUUCACAUCAACUAUAUUUAAAACAUUCAAUUGUUUGGGAAUUACGAUAUGUUUAAGUUUUGCUAAAUGUUUGUCCAGUCUCAGCAAUCUGUGAUCAUUGUUGUCUGAUUCUACUUUGUCUUGGCAUGCGUGCUAAAAAAAAUAUGUGCUGCGUGGCUUUUGUUUACGGAUGCGGUGUGAAACUGGCCUUAUCUCUUGUUUACAUGCACACUUCUAAUCAACGUUAGGGCUCCAACAAGGUUUUGUUCUG